CACGAACUAUGUAUUUCAAGCGUGGAUAACUAUUGUAUCUCGGCAGUCCUUGAGGAGACUGAAAGGUGUCAUCAAGAACACAAUCUUGUUCGCUUCUAUUGUCACAGACACUCGGCUUUUAAUUACGUCACAUUAGGCUGUUCCACUUGAAUAUCCGCCUGUUUCCAAAUAUGACGAGGUUUCUGUUUCAGCCCAACACUUCUAAAACUAAGAAUAGUCGUCAGAACAUGUACAGGGAAUAAUACAAUGUUAGGAACAGAAGGAACAUGCUAAAGGCCGCUGUAGAAAGAAAAGGUCAAGUGACUAUAAACAUUGACAGACUUCAGACAUGGCCGCUGACAUUGCCGUAGCGACAAUACUCACCACCCUUAUCAUUAUCGACAUUGCUGGAAACCUCCUCGUUUGUUUUAUUAUAAAAGUAAAUAAAGAUAUGAGGAGUCCAAUCAAUUAUUUACUUGUGAACCUAGCCAUAUCAGAUAUCACGUUCGCGACGUUUGUAGCUCCAAAUCACAUCUUAAAGAGAGCCUUCACUCACCCAGACGGGAUCGUUGGUUCAUGGUUAUGUAGGUUUCUAACAGGUGGAAACGUGGCGUGGGUGGGAGCGGCUGCCUCGUCUGUCACCCUGGUUGCCAUCGCCGUUGAACGAUACUACACGGUCACGUGUCCGCUUGGUAGCAGAGGGAAGCUCACAAAGCGAAAGCUGAAGGUGAUUAUUCCCUGUUGCUGGAUCUUUGCAUGGACUUUAAACAUACCACUGAUUAUGGUUACAAAUUUCGACAAAGAAACAGGCGACUGCAAGUGGAUGUGGCCUGAACAGUGGAUGGGCGUGGCCAAUGAGACCACUUGGCUUGUUGGGUUGGCUUUUAUCCCCUUGAUGGUGAUGACUGGCUUAUACUCCAGAGUUGUACAUAUGUUGUGGUUCAAAAGGAGUAAUGACAACGAGCUUCCCAAUCGACAGAGGGGAGUUUUGAGAGUGCGGAAGCGAGCCACUUUGAGCGUGAUCACUGUCAGUGCCAUCUUUGGAGUCUGUUGGAUUACUGCCUUAUUCGUUUACGUUCUAAGCUACUAUGAUAUCUCCAUGUUUGGUCCUCACUCGUACGCCAUUGCCGACACGAUGUUCAUGUUCAAUUCUGCUGUCAACCCUUUUGUCUAUUCGCUGUUGAAUGAGCGAUUCAAGGAAAAGUUGAAAGGAGUGAUAUGCUGCAAGUCUUCAACUGUAAAUGGGGCUCGUGCAUCCAGGGAACCUAACAGAAUCGGGAAACCCGGCAGCACUCCACAUGCGGCCCACAAUGCGGGUGCGGGCUGCAGCUCUACAUUGUCCGUGGAUCAGUCAGGUUCAUCAAUGCUUUAAGGAGACAAAAGAUAACCUGAUGGCUUUUACGGACCAUGGUGUUGGAAACAUCCAUAGACCUCAGGUAUGGAAGGAAGUCUCUUAAACAAGUCAUGAUACAAGUGGACAACCUUUAUUUGUACACUGGCAUAAUUGAGGAAAAACUGCAGUUUACGAAAACAGCAUUUAAUUACAAAAGUAAAUACAGAGCUGCUCGAAAUAAGCUAGAGAUUCAAAGACGAAAACUAAAUUCGAUGUAUAUUAUAAUAUAAUGACGUGAUUUAUAACAUAUCGAGAUAGAAGAUUCAUUUGAACAUCCUUUUUACAUUAUAAUGCUUCGUGCUCUCGAAGUUUUUUGAAUAGCAUUUCAGAGAAAUGCUUCAUUUGUGAUAAGUGUUUAGGGUGCUGGUUUUGUAGUCAGGAGUUUACUUACUCAAACCCUAAUGUAGUUCAUCAUCAGCUGAUCGUGAGUUGAAACAAUCAGCUAAGCUUUGUAAGUAGUAAAGCCAAGCUCUGUAACUGAGUGGUUCAGCCUCGCUUUGUAAUUGAGUAUUUCAUCACGCUUUAAUGUGUGACUGAGUAUUUGAGCCAUGCUUUGCAACGGAUUGGUUUAGCCACGCUUUGUAGUUCGUUUUGUCAAUUCAGGGUUAUGUCAUGUGCGUUUAAUAAUAAUGAUAUUAAAAUUUUUAUAGCCCCAUUUCCCAAUGGUUCAAUGGCGCUUACAAGAAAUUAAAUCUUAAACAAAUGCCUACUGUGAAAAAAUUAGGAAAGUGUCAGAAACAGAUAAAUAUUUAAAAAGAUAUAUAAUUAAGAACUUCAACUUAAAAAUGCUCGUUUAAAAAGCCACGUUUUUAGUUUACUUUUAAACAAACAUUUGUUUCCGCUGUUUGGUUUCUUUGAUCUUUUAAAUCUUUAAUCAUUCUUUAGACACGGUAAAAAUUUCACCAAGGUUUACAAAUAUAUCAUUACAACUUCAUUUACAAUAUAGACAAUUUAUUUAUCAUUUAUUAUAUAUACAAUUUAUUUACUAUAUGAUUAAAAAUUAUGUACUCAUAACAACCUGUUUUCCAUGAAUGCUGUGUAUCUAUUUUAUACAUUCGAGAUUGAGCAAGGGCUUUAACUUUAAGGGAGUUAGCCUCUCUAAGGCUACAGGGUAGCCCGUUCCAGAGGGUUGCACCACUGAAACUAAAGAUAUUUUUGAGGUCAUGGAAAGAGAACCAUUAGUGUGCUUUUGGAGUCUCUUAAAGAGUAGCGUGUUAUAUUUCGUUUAGUAAAUUUUAGAUGAGAGGUAUUCUGGAACAAGACCAUUCAAAGACAUAUAUACCAUCAAAGCUUUAUGAAUUUCAUUUUGGGCGUACAGAUCUUUCCAUCCGAGUUGCUAAAGCAGGCAAUUAGCAUCAGCAUCAUAACUCGAAGAAGUCAACACACGUGCGGCUUCUGUAGCCUGCCUAUCAGCGUUUUGCCGUAGUUACCCCAGAUUAAAUUGCAGUAGUCAAAGUGAGCAUUGUAUAUGCUGAGAAGUGUAGAUCGUGGAACAAAGGGUUUAAAAUUCGUUUCAUGGCUCCAAUUCCGGAGGCGAUAUUUUUACAACGUUUGUCGAUGUGUGUUUGCCAGGUUAGAUUUUCAUCGAUAGAUAUUCCAAGUGAUUUCACAGAGGAAACUUGUUCCACUGGAACAUUAUCAGUAAAGGGCUCAAGUGUCUCAGGCAGAGUGCUCAGUUUUUGUCUGGAGCCAUUCAACAUAAAUUCAGUUUUAGUAUAGUGUUCAGGGAAGGCUUGUAAGAACUAAGCCAUAUAUUUGCUUAGUUUUUGCAGAUCAUGCGUCAGACUAUACUGCAUUGAUCCUAAGUCAGAUUCAACAUAUGUAAUGUGGGUUUCAUCAGCACACAUUCUUGACAGUGACUGAAUGAUAAGCAAUUGGAAAGAUCAUCAUGAUAUAAAUUAGAAAUAAAGGUGCGCCUAGAAUCGAUCCCUGUGGUACCCCACAUUUUAGGGAAGAGAUAUCUGAUAGACAACCAUUUACAAGACACUGCUGCAUGCUUGUCACUGUCCUGAAGCUAAUUGUCAGUAUAAUUACAAUUCCCAGAAUGAUUCAUAGACUGUUUACUCCGUCAAAGACAUUUAGUUAGGUUUUCUUUAGAAAGAGUGGUUUUGAUGGACUGUGUUUGGAAUCUAAUCAUCAAAAAAGCAUAUGUCCCCAACACCGACAGGUCUUACACCGCUGUGUCUUCGUUUUUGAAUAUGUAAAUGGCAUUAUAGAUUUUAAGUUUCGUCGGGGACUGGGACCCACAUUACGCAGUCAUGCAAUCUAAGCUUUGACUACAGAAGUAUGUAAACGUGUCCGGAAAUACACUCCCAAUAAUGUGUCAAUCCGAAGCGUUGUUAGUUCAGCUAACCUUUACUUACUCAGUUGUGUUCAUGAAAACGUAUAAAAUCCACUUCGAGACUCCUCUUGGAUACUGUCUCCUGCGGCCAGAGAAUUCCAGGAGAGUUUGAUACAAAGCGAAUCAGUGACAUCCUUUCUUGUAAUACUCGUGGUAAAUCCAAUUUUCACUUACCGCGAGUUAGACGCAAUUAUGGAAAACAAGGCCUUUUAUAUUAAGGAAUAGCAGAAAAUGGAACAGUCUUGACAAAUCAAUACAUGACAUGAGGUCACUUUUACAUUUUAAGCAUGCCUUGAAGACCGCAGAUUUUUACCUCGUUUUUAUCCUGUAAUUUUAUUGAACACGAGCAGGUGUUUUUAGCUAAGAACCGUGCCCUUCUAAAAGGUGUUUACCGAUAGCCGAAUACUUGUGUUCUGCAAUGCGUUGAUGAAGAUGUCGGGCUGUAUAACCAACAUAAUCUGCACCACACAGAUCACAUGCCAAUUUAUAAACAACGUAAUGCUGACUUACAAUACUCGGCAAAAAUCUCCUUAAUGAGGACCAAUUUCGUGUUCUCAAGAAGUGCCAAGGAAAAUUUGUCAUCAAGGGACUGAGGCCUAGCCCUAACACUCAGAGUGACUCCAU